AUGAAGCUAAUACUGGUAAUCGCUCUGCUCAGCACAGUGGCGCUAGCCCACGAAAGCAGCCAGGAGCACGAGCACACAGCAUCCACAGUAUCAAGGGCAAGACGUCAAGCCGCCAGCUCGACGACCCCCAACGACGAGGCUCAUAUCGAGCCCGUGGUCAGCAAGCGCGACGCUUCAUCUGAGGAGUCGGAGAGCUCCGUGAAGCCGAAGAGUGACGCAUCUGAUGAGGUCAACUCGUCCUCCACUCCCGCCCAGAAGCCGAAGCGUGAUGCUUCUGAUGAGUCUACCGAAACGAAGGUCACCUCGACUGCUCCUAAAGCCAGGCGUGAGGCUUCGCAAGCGAACUACGUUUCCGGCUCCUCUACAGCACCAAAGGCCAAGCGCAGCGCUGAGGAAGCUACCCACUCGACGACCGAGGUCCCAAAGCCAAAACGGGAUGUCGAGUCAACAGCUACAACUGAAUCACCAAAGUCUAAGCGUGAUACAUCCGAGGAGACGGCCGAGAAAUCGGUGCAAACCGACGUGGCUGUUGGAGAGGAAAACGGUUCCGCCAAGCUGAUCGCCGCCACGACGGAGGGAUCUGCUAAGCGCAAGCGAGAGGCCGCCGUCAGCGUCGCCGCUUCAACCACCGGCACGCCAGUCCGCCGUCGCAGGAGCUCGGCCGAGUCGCACUCUGGUGAAGUGAAGUCAUCAGUAGCAGCCGUCGUCGCUCAAUCCACCCCGAAAGCC